CGGACAACUCAUACAGGUCCCAUUGCACCUUGCCGUCGUCGCAAGUUGCAACCUCAACACACCAGCCAUGCGCCGCAUCAUUCCGAGGAUACCGUCCACGGCCUCUGCCCUGUGCAGCUCUUCGUCGCCUGUCGCUUCCACAUCGGCCGCUCCCCUCCGCGCCCUGAGGGCCCAAGCGACCGCCGCCGCCGACUCCUCUUCCACCUGCCAGUCAUGCAACUUCUCGACACAAAUCUCCGCCACCCGUAACCGCGUCUGGCAAAACACCCUCCAGACACAACGCCGAUGCGCCUCUACGGUUUCCGAGACCACUCCCGAAGCCCCGGUAGCCGCCGCCGCCGCCGAAGUCGCGACCGAGUCCACCGAAACCGUUGAACAACAGAGGAAGAGGAAAGGAGGAUUCGAAACCCCGAGGCAGGUCAACCUUGUUCUUCCAGGGCAACCCACGCGGGCCGACGCCCCAGAGAAGAUCAGAGACCCCAACUAUGAGCCUGCCACGUCCGGCGCGGGGCUGCAAGAGAUCGGUGGUAUGUCCGACUGGUGGAGCAAGCCGGAGCAUUUCAGGGAUGGCGGGAAGCAGUUCGAAUACCAGGGCUUUGCCCCGCAAGAGAAGAUCACAGACCCCAGGCUGUUGAAGGUCAUUCUGAGGAGGGCGCUCGUCGAGGGUCUGGCUUUGAAGAAGUUCGGCGCUAACCCCAAGAACCCCGCGGAUAUGGUGUCGAUUAUUGGAAACGGCGAUCACUGGCAGAAGACCGUCGCCGUGGAGAUGUGCCGUGGGGAGAAUGGUGAGCUGUCGCUCAAGAACCACAGCGACUUGCAGAGGGUCUGGAUUCUCAUGCGGAACGCGGCGGAAAAGGCCGACAACACACUCGAGUGGCAGGAGCAGGUGCGCAGGCUACGUUCUCUCGGCGAGAAGGAGCAGGCCGACCAGUUGCUCGAGGAGGGCAAGAAGCUCGGCUAUCGCUUAAAGGGCGAGGAGGGUUCUCGGGUCAAGUUGACCGUCGACGAGGCCAUCGAGCUCCGCAAGUCUUGGAACAACGACUGGAAGGAGGCUACCAUCCGGGACCCUGUCGUCAAGUUCUAUGCUGCCAAGCGCAUUCAGAAAAUGACCGGUCACAUCCUCUCCGACGGCAAGCUCACCAGCAUUCAGACUGUCGCCAACUUUAUGGAUGCCCUCGUCACUCCUCCCAAGCCCAAGAAGCUUGCUGAGCAGAUUGAGCAGAGCAGCAUCUUGCCCGAGCUCCCCAACGUCAAGGUCUACCCCAGGAGAGUCACACCUGUGGACAAGGAGAAGAUGGUUGGUCGCUGGAAGGUCAUCCAGAAGGAGCUCCAGAAGCGUGAGCUUCCUGUUCUCGGUACGGGUAACAUCGGCAAGUACGUCGAGCUCAAGUGGCUUGGUAGCAAGCAGUAAGGCGUGGUUGUCUGUGGUUGGCAGUAAAGUGAGCGCAGCAGAUGUGUGUGUGGACGUGGGACGCUUCUUAUGGCGAUGGUUACAGAUGAUCCUGGCCGGGAUCGAUGCGGCGCCGGCCAUGUGUAUACUAUCUAUGCGCCCAAAAGAUGGGCGUGUAGCCGUCUCCCUACUCGGUCGCAGUGGCUACUGCUGUGUACCGGUAAAGUGUAUAAUGUGGCAUGUAGCAUAUACGGGUGUCUUUUUGUUGUAGACCCUCUUGUCGUUUUUGCGCUGCUGUGAUGAUUACCCCUGAAUAUGGGAGGGCGCACGAGCCAUCUGUUCACCGUGAGGUUUUCGGCUAUCUCAUGGUUCAUGCUGUCAA